AAUGUCGCAGUAAAUCGGCUAUUAUAGAUUAAUUUGUAAACAAAUGUGCACAAGAAUCUGAGUGAACUAAAAAAUAUAAAAUGAGUGGAAUACACGGUGAUCUUUUCAUGAAAACGUUCAAAUAUUAUAGAGCUCGCGUACCAUUAUCAACUUUCUCAGCAGUUAUCGAAACUGACAGCUCCAAUUUUCAGGAUAAGGUGACAAGAGUAACCUUUGAUGGUAAGACUCAUGAUGAUAGACUUGAAAUAUUGGGUUUAAACAGUUUUGAUAACUGGCGGGUAUUUAAUAUAAAAGAACACCCUGGGUUAAUCUUGAUCAGAAACCCUUUUACAGCUCUUGGACAGAGAUACUGGAUAAGAAAAUGUUUGGAGGAAUAUCCAAGAAAGCCAAAUAAGACUAAUAUUGACAUAGAAGUGAUGUUAGAAGAUUGGUGGAAAGCGUGUUUUGAAGGUGAUAAAUGUAACAAGAAAUUGUUGAAAAAGUUGAGAUGGACCACUUUAGGAUACCACCACAAUUGGGAUACUAAAGAGUACAGUGAAGACAACCGGGGUGCCUUUCCGAGUGACUUAGCACAGUUAUGUGAUGUGGUUGCCACUUACCUAGGCUACACUGAUUUCCGGGCCGAGGCAGCCAUAGUCAACUAUUACCAUAUGAACUCCACUCUGUCUGCCCAUACUGACCACUCAGAGGUCAAUUUAGAUGCACCACUGUUUUCAUUUAGUUUUGGCCAGUCAGCAAUUUUUUUGAUCGGCGGUAAAGAUAAGACGACUGAGCCAUCAGCAGUACUACUUCAAAGUGGAGAUAUUUUAGUGAUGUCCAAAGAAGCCAGGUUAUGCUACCAUGCCGUACCCAAAAUUCUAUCUGCUAAAACUUCUACAUGGAAUAAAGAUGUUCAAAAAAUUUAUACAAAAACUAAACCGAAAUUUAAAUACAUUAAUGAAAUAGAACACAUUGAGUCUAUGAAUAGGAAUUAUAAUGACGAAAAUUGGUUUCUUUUUGACGACUAUGUACAAGAGUCAAGAAUAAAUGUAAAUAUUAGACAAGUAUUAAAUGAAACACAGAGUAAAUUAUGUUAAACAUUUAUAAAAG